AUGUCACUCCCAUCCGGUUGUGGCGUGUGCGGCAAGAAAGAUGGAGCUCUUCGUUGCUCUGGCUGCAAAGUGAUGAUGUACUGUGGUGUCGAACACCAGAAGGCUCACCACCGAGAGCAUAAGUCUGCUUGCACCGCCAUCAGAGGAUGUCGUGUUGCCAUGGAGAAGGAGGAACAGGUCGUACGGGAGCUUCAGGGUGACAUCUUUACCAACGGCAUCAGAAACGUCUGGCUGACUUCGGAGACACGCCUUUACAUGCUAUCACGCGCUUCCCUAUCCAAUGAGAUGGCCACUAUUAGGAAUGUUGAAUCACUUCAAGCACAGCUCGAUAUCCUGAUGGAAGACCUGCAGCUCUGUCGAGGCGACAACACAGGCUCGCGAUACGCCAUCCCUGGUGUGAUGAUUCGUCUCCACCAAGAUCAGGAGUGCUAUGAUUUUCUGAAGUGGUGGGCUACGGCUGGCCAGAAUCACGACUAUGAUUGGGAUAACAAUACUCUGCCGUACCUUGACAUCAAGAACGCCAAUCCUCUUGAGCCACUCGAUGUGUUCUGUGACGGGUUGAUCAAUCUUCCCCAUAGGGUUGCUGUGACCCUAGUCAAGGUCAAAGUGCUUCAAGUGAUCUUCACAGAAAUGGGACCUCGUGAUGGAAGUACUGCUCGCAUGCUGGGACCCAGAUCCGACUAUUCGACUAUCGCCAAAAACCCCAAUAUCGCCAACUGUGACGACAAAUGGCUCGAAAUUGUGAAACUCAAGGGUCAGAUUCGCACUUUGUACGAGGCCGUCCACAAAAUGAACUCCCACUUUUGGCCGGCCCUUGUGAACCCAGGUGAGCCUUUGAGGGCCAACGUCCUCAUAUUUGCCGUUGGGAGCGUGGAAGAGAUGCAAUUGGCAUUGCGCUUGACCUAUGAAGCAUGGAACGAAGCUCCCGGAGCUAUUGCUGUUAUCAAGAUGGCCAUUGAGGGUAAACUUUGA